GGUGGUGGUGCGGUGGACAAGCCGAAGUCAGUCACAGAGUUCCGACGAGCACAAGCCAGCCAGCAGCAGCCAGCCAGCCAGCCAGUCAAAAACGAGUCAUCUCUCACCUCCCAAUAAUUUUCUUGUUUUUAAAAUAGUCGGAAUAUUUUGAAUAUUUCACUCGUCCGCACGUCGUAGUUAUCUAAACGAACUAGGGAACGUGAGAGCGAGGAAGCCACCCACGACCACUCGAUUUCCCCCACGGACGGCCGGUGUGUAAAGUUAGGAGAGAGAGAAAGAGUGAGAAUUUAAGUGUGGGUACAAGUGUGAAUAAGGGAAAAAAGCCGAUAAGAAGAAACAAUGUCUGACCGGGAGGAUAACGUUUACAAGGCCAAGUUGGCCGAGCAGGCGGAGCGGUACGAUGAAAUGGUCGAAGCCAUGAAGAAAGUCGCGAGUCUUGACGUCGAGUUGACGGUGGAGGAGAGAAACCUACUGUCGGUGGCGUACAAGAAUGUAAUUGGAGCUCGACGAGCUUCUUGGAGAAUUAUUUCUUCCAUCGAGCAGAAGGAAGAGAGCAAGGGGAGCGAGGAUAAGUUGGACAUGAUUCGACAGUACCGAGCUCAAGUGGAGAAGGAAUUGAAAGAGAUCUGCUCCGACAUUCUGAACGUUUUGGAUAAACACCUUAUUCCGUGUGCUACUUCGGGAGAGAGUAAAGUUUUCUACUUUAAGAUGAAGGGUGACUAUCACCGAUACUUGGCCGAAUUUGCGACCGGGACGGAUCGAAAAGAUGCUGCAGAGAAUUCUCUCGUGGCUUACAAAGCUGCUAGCGACAUUGCCAUGGAAGAAUUACCUCCCACACAUCCCAUUCGUCUGGGGCUGGCUCUGAAUUUCUCCGUGUUCUACUAUGAGAUCUUGAAUUCGGCCGACAGGGCAUGCCGACUUGCAAAGGCCGCCUUUGACGACGCCAUCGCCGAGUUGGACACGUUAUCUGAAGAGAGUUACAAAGAUUCUACUCUGAUUAUGCAGCUGCUCCGCGACAAUCUCACUCUUUGGACAUCCGACAUGCAGGGUGAAGCCGCCGAAGGCGGAGAAAGUGAACCGAAGGAGCAACUUCAAGACGUUGAAGAUCCCGAAGCUGCUUCAUAACUCGCUCUGGACACUUAUUCUACAUACACAUGCAAACUGAUUCCUCUCAUUAACUAAUCUCCCCAUCAUCAUCAUCCUCCUCCCCCUCUCUCUACGGAAAUUUCCACUCACUACUACUCCACUAACACCAUUGCUACUACUGCUGCAAUUGUAUGGAUUUAUUAUAAUUACUUCGUACACGUAACUUAAUCUCUUCAUUUUAUUAUUAUAAAAUAAGUGCAAAAAUCUUUUACUACUACUAUUUGAGGGUCAGACAUGUCCAGUAAUGAUCAUGAUUUGUUUUUAGCAAGUGGAUUGAUAUAUAAAAAAAGGAAAGUUUGUUUUUAUAAUUUUCAACUCAGUUUUAUUAGUGGCACAUGGUAACGGACGGAGAAAGGACAAGGCAAGGUUAAUAAUGAGAGGUUCCCGAAUUUCUUGUUAUUUUUUUCAUCACCCAUAUAAUUAACAAGCCAAUCCAUGUAAUUAUUACAAAAUAUGUCAACUUACUUUGUCUAAUAUUUGGACUUUUUUAUUUUUUAUUUAUUUUUUUGUGGUAGCAAAUACCCACAUUUUUUGAUCUGGUAGAGAAAGUGGUGCAUUAGACUGGAGAGAGUGAAAGAAGCGGAUUUUCAGUUGAUAACUGCAUAACCAACCUGAUGAAUUAUAUUACUUAUUAUUAUUAACUAUAAAAAUACUUACGAAAUUAUCACCACCAUCAUUCAAUCCAGCAACACAGCAACGUUCCGUUAUUUGAAAUCUAGUUUAUUGUUGUAAAAAGAAGGCAGAUAAAAAUUUGUAGCAGUAGCAGCCAACCAACAGCGAAAGGACAGACAGACUCUUUUUUCAUAUUGUUUGAGUGUGACCUUAGGAGAAAUUAUGAUUAUUAACCACUACUUUCCGCGUACUUAUGUAACUAAUUAUCCAGUCAUUGGUGAGGAAGUCAGUAGAAGAAGAAGAAGAAGAAAGUGCAGUGUUGUGAGGAUGCAUGUAAAGAAAGUUCAGCCGAAGAAGCAGUUGUUAGCAUAUGUCGCUGAUCGAUGAUUGAUCCUUCUCUCAAUUCCUGGUAUUAAACAGUAAUAACGAUAUGAUUAACAUAUUUACAUUCAUAUUAAUAUAAUAGCUCACAUAAUAGAAAAACGGGGUCAAGCAGUCCAUUCAAAAUUGUUGCAUAAUAUUGAUUGUCAUAAUAAUAGUAUAGUUAGUUGGAUGAUACAUAGGAAAACUAUUCAUUAAUAAUUAAUUGUUACUUAAUUUGCCACCACCACACAAACCUAAUCUCUCCUCUUUGUGAUUAUUGUUAUUCUUGUCGUUUGUUUUACUACACAGACAUUUAGUAUUUAGUUUAAUAACGACACACCUAACUAACCGCACUACCAUAUGAAUUGAUUACCAUAAAAGCUGUUGUUGUUGUUGUUAUUGUCAGUACCGUAAACAAUUAUUAAUAAUUACUUGAUUUGACUUUUUUUCUUCUAAAUUCCACACCAUAAAACACGCUUCUACUGUGCAGUAAAAAAAAAUAUGAAUGAAUGGCCGGGUGACAAGAUGCGCCGCGCGGGGGGGAGGGAUGAUUAUUAUUAUUAUAACAGUUAUUGUUAAACAACAAACAAAUUAAAUGAAAGAAAGCUUUCCGAUUAAGUUAUUCAUUUUCUUUUUCGUUCCGGCUUUUCUAUAACCGUUUAACGCGUAAGAUAUAAAUGAACUCAAAAUUUUGUAACUUUUUUAAUUGUAAUGUAAAACGUAACUUAAUGAAGAAGAAGAAGAAGAAAGAAUGGAGGGAGAAAAGUUGACGCAAGUUUAAUUACUUGCUUCUUACCUACUCUCUUAUCUACACAAAAACAAUGAGGGUGUAACUGUAAUUGUACAUACUUAAUCUUUUUGCUUCCUCUCUCCAAUAUAUAUUGCUAUAAUUUAUGUGCUGAUAAGAAUAAGUAACAUUUUUUGGCACGACUACGUACGACUACGAAGAGAAGAAGACGACGAAGAAAAAACGGGGUGGGGGUGUUGUUGUGGAUGGACAAAUUAACUGUGGUAAAAAAAUGAAUGACUGAUGCUUUCUUUACAAGCUUGUUAAUUAAUUUAACGAUAUGUUUAUUAGUUUAUUGUUAUCACUUACUCUUUGAAUAUCAUUGUUGUUACAUCUAUUAUUUGAAAUCUGAGGAAAUAUUAAGAACGAGAGGAUGGGAGAGGAAAUGAAAUGGAAAUUUUACUUAUUACACUUAUUUACUUGUUGUUGUGUGUACGCGUGUAAAAAUAAUAUGAUCCAAUCCGUAGAAAAAAAAAACAAACAAAAACUUGUAUCUGACUUGCUUUUCUAUUCGAUAUAUAUAAAAAAUAGGAAAAGGAUGGAUGGAUGACAAAAAAUUUUGUGCGUUGCCAAAAAAAAAUUGGCCAAUAAAACAAUUCAAAUCUAGUUGGAUUUAUAAUAAUGAUAUAGCACUCACGAGUAACAUUUAACAAACAGAAUAAUUAAAACAUAGUUCAUUCAAAUUUAUGGUAAAUUUUGAAUCCAUUUUUAUUACUAAAUUAGUAGUUUGCAAAAAUUGAUCCGUUUCUAGUAAAACCGUUUUUUGGUUGACUUGCACACACAAUGAGAAACGAUUGCCAUCCCUUCCUUCCUUUCUUAUUGGUUGAUUAUUGAUACGUAAUUAUUAUUAAUUAAUAUUGUCACGUAAUAAUAAUUGUUAAUUAAUUAAUUAAUCAUUAUUGUUCCCGUGCUCUGGAAAAGUCAAGUGAUUUACGUUUUAUAUAAGUAAAUUAUGCAAGGAUCGAAUAAUUGGGCGUUUGUUGAGUACAUUUUCUUUCUUUCGGUUUGGUUGGUAGUUAUUUUUUUCAUUUUCAGUCAUGUUUUAUUAUUAAAAAUUCGAGAGCGAGAGAGAGAGAGAGAGGAAAGUGAUCCCUUCUUCUUAUGAUUAUGAUUAUGUAAUGGUCAACCUUGUAUUUAAAAAAUGUGUACCUCAUCAUCACUCGACGACGACUCAAUCAAAUGUCAAGGUUGGUUGGGCUGAUUGAUGUUGAGAGAGAGUGACCGACUACUUAUUAGUGGAAACUUGUUGUGACUUCAAAAAUCAGCAGAAUCAGAAAUCGCCCAACCCACCGACUACUCUUCGACACACUCCUCCUCCUCCCCAUCAUCAGUUAAGAUAUUUAUAUGGGUUCGCUAUAUACUACUCGACGCGCGUUGUCAUGCAUUGAAUUGAAUGUCUGUUCCACAGGAGUUAAAGAGGGGCACAACUUGUAGAUAAACAAUUAUAAUGAGCUAAUAGUGAAAUAAAAAGCCAACUAUACUAUUUGCUUAACCA